AUGUCAGACUCAGAGAAACCGCAAACCCAGAGCCCGGCAACGGGGUGUGUUCCAACGUGGGACACUACCGAUCCUCUCCAACAGGAAGUCACCCGCAUACUAAAAAGCUUCAAGCUUGACAUCCUCGGCAUCUUGAAUCUUGGUAAAGAUGGUGUGUUGCGCUCUCUAACCGCGGAUCGCAAGGUGCUCUCUGCGGAGGCUAUGAGUCCACAACUUAUCACAGCCUUUCAUAGUCGCUUCCCUCAGGACUUCAGAGAACAGAUAGAAGUGGAAGGUAUUGACGGUAGGCAUACAGCAAAGGGAAGAUGGUACCAACCUGACGAAGGGAUCCUCCCUGAACCUCUGUCGCAAGAACGUAGUGAUGAAGUGAGGAAUAUGAGCGAGGAGAAGAAAGAUCGACUUAGGAAGCGUAUUGAAGAAGACGAGAGGUUAGUCGAUGCAAGCGGAGUAUUGAGAUGA